AUGAGUCAAACUAAAAAGAAAACCGCCUCAGGGGAAGAUACUAAACCCCAGAUUUCAUUUAUCAACAAAUUCUUCAGGGGCUCAAAGCACAGGUCCUCCAUAGCUGAAAUCAGAAGAGAGAGUAACGGCCUUGAGAAAAACAAUUGUCAACCCAACGUUGGUACACAGGAGAUUACCGCUACAGACUUCGCUAAAUCUCAGCCUGACAGCUCAGAAAUGGAAGGGGAAUCCAAGGCAGAGAAGAAUGAGCAGUUCCUGCAGAAGUUGGGCAAAAAGGCUGUUAACAAGUGUCUGGGCCUGAGUAGCUGUGGAUUAACCACUGCGGACAUGAGGGAAGUGGUUGCCUUACUACCUUCUCUCCCAGACUUGGAAGAACUGGAUAUUUCCUGGAAUGACUUUGUAGGUGGGACCCUCCACUUAAUCACCCAGCAAAUGCAUCUUGUCAGCAAGUUAAAAGUCCUGAGGUUAGGCAGUUGCAGACUCACAACUGAUGACGUUGGAGCCCUGGGAGAAGCACUUAAAGUGAUACCUGAACUUGAAGAACUAAAUUUGUCCUGGAACAGAAAAGUGGGUGGAAACUUACCUCGGAUCCUGCAGAAGUUCCAAGAAGGAAACAAAAUACGAACCCUUGAAUUUGUGGAUUGUGCCCUUACAUCAGAAGAUGGGGCAUUUAUGGGUCAGUUGCUGCCUGUGAUGCAAAAUCUUGAAGUACUUGAUCUUUCCAUCAAUAAAAACAUACGUGGCAGCCUAAACAGUAUUGCUCAGGGAUUUAAAACGACCUCAAAUCUGAAAGUAUUGAAAUUACAUUCAUGUGGAUUAUCACAAAACAGCAUAAAAAUAUUGGACGCUGCUUUCAGAUACUUGUGCAAGCUAAGAAGAUUAGACCUUUCCUGCAACAAGGAUCUGGGUGGAGGUUUUGAAGACUCACCAGCUGGGCUGGCCACAUUAGGUCAUCUGCAAGUCCUCGAUCUGCACCAGUGUUCACUGACAGGGGACGACGUGGUGUCGCUGACCCAGGUCAUUCCUUUGCUCUCAAAUCUGCAAGAACUGGAUUUAUCAGCCAACAAAAAGAUGGGCUGUUCUUCUGAAAACCUACUCAGCAGGCUCCGAUUUUUACCAGCAUUAAAAUCUUUACAAAUCCACAACUGUGCUUUGGAUGGUGAAAGUUUUACAGCUCUAGCUGAAGCCUCAGUUCACCUCCCUGGUCUAGAAAUAUUCAACCUUUCUUGGAAUAAGUGUAUUGGUGGCAACCUGAAACUGCUCCAGGAAACACUCAAGCUUUCAGCGUCUCUCCAAGUGCUGGAGCUGAGCAGCUGCUCCCUGGUGACAGGGGACUUGGCUUUCUUAGCAUCAAUAAUACAGACAGGUCAUCUGGGCAAAUUGCGAAAGCUCGACUUGAGCUAUAAUGACAACAUCUGUGAUACAGGAUGGACAGCCUUCUGCCAGAAUGUGCAGUUCCUCAAAGAGUUAACUGAGCUAGAUAUCAGCCUUCGGCCAUCAAAUUUUCAAGAUUGUGGACCAUGGUUUGGACACUUGUUAUGUGCUAUGACCAAACUUCUUGAAAUCACUGAGAUAGGAAUGAAAAGAUGGAUUCUCUCAACUUUGCAGGAAGAAGAACUUGAAUGCUUCAACCAGGAUCACAAAAGAAGCAUUCACUUUGACCAUGGUAGAUUUCAGUAA